GUUUCCUGUGGAGAGUACUAGAGAGAAAUCAGUUCCUGCAGAGCCGAGAGCCCGCGGCGUAACCGGUUCGCACGCUCUUCUGCACCGGCAGGUUCCUCAAGAUGUCAGCUUCAGCCUCACAAGGCCAUAACUGGACCCGACAGCUGAAGAAAGAAGACAAGGAAGAAGACCCACUGGACCAGCUGAUCACCCGCUCUGGCUGUGCUGCCUUCCACUUUGCAGUGCAGGAGUGCAUGGCCCAACACCAGGACUGGCGUCAGUGCCAGCCACAAGUGCAGGCAUUCAGGGAUUGCAUGAGUGCACAGCAGGCAAGACGGUGGGAGGAACUGCAGAGGAGGAAAGAGCAAGCCAGUGUUCAACACUGAGACCCUAAACCGUCAUCCCACAACCUGGCCCUGAAGAAAUAAGCACCCAGAGCGACCCUGGGAAGAAGUAAUCCUAAGUAGUAGAGUGUGCAAUAGGAGAUAAAUAAUUUGGACCAUCUUUGGGACUAGGGUUGAAAGCACCAUGAGCUGUUUUUAUUCUAUGAUCAGAUGGGACACAUCUAUACUGUUCCUGUUUCACCCGUACUUGUAUCUAAAAUUAGUGGGAUAUGGACCACCCCCUCCAUCCUACCUCUUAAGUGUGCCAAGUACUUUGUAAGUAUAUUCACAGGCUAAAGGUAAAUUGGUUGCUCAAUCAGGCCUUUGUUUUUCAGUCACAAAUUUAACAACAACAAGUGUUUCUAAGGCAUUGUGUUAUUAAUGUGCAAUUUGAAGAGUUAUGUGACCUUCCUGUUGCUUAGAGACUAGUGCGACUGGCCACACUCAAACAGUGAACUCAGUUUCCAACAGUGACAGAAGAGCCUUUAUCUUUUCUGGGUGUUUUAUUCAGUUUAAUGGGGGUCAGGAGCUAAUCGAGAAACAUUUUUUAAAAGACGGAAUCUAUGUAGUCCAGACUGACCUUGAACUUUCUGUAUAGCCAAGGAUCACCUUAAACUCAUGAUCCUCCUGCCUCCACCCCACAUACUGAGAUUACAGGCAUGUGUUACCACACUUAUCGAGGAAACAUUUUCAGCUGAGUACUUGGUGUAUGUCAGGCUCAGUGUAACAGAUUCAGAGCCUGCCCCAUCCUACCAACACACAAAGCUUGCCAGACAUUUUGUAAGUAUGUUUGACAUUAAAGUACAGACUUUGACCUUUGGAAAAAUGGAACCACUAUAUGCUACUACUUGACAACAGUUUGACAGAGCUGAUAAUGCCUUCUCUGGGGUGCUGUUUCCUGUUUAUAACAUCAACAGUUGCUUCUCAUUUUUAUUCAGCGAAACCAUGAAAUCUGUUUCUGCAUGCCCCUGGAAGUUAUUUGGAAAUAGGAAAGGGUUUGGAAGGUGACUCUGCCAUAGAAGCUUGGUUUUUUUUUUUUUAAUUUAUAAUUAUUAACAAACAUCUCUCAGGCAUCUAUAUGUUAGCGGUCCAAGUCUGAAUUAUGGUAGACCCUAAUACCUACUUGAGCCUUGUGUGCAGAAAUGUUAGGGAAGACAGAAAGUAGAGAAGUUUAUUGAAGAGUAAAGCCCUGUUUCAAGUUGAAGAUAAGUGAGUAGAUAUAGCUGCAUCUCUGCCGGUCCACUCCUGCUUUGAGUUGAGUCAGCAGUGGGGCAGGUAGUGUGCAUUGUGGUGUCGUCACAAAUCCCAGAGAUGGGCACAGUGUGGUGCACGCCUUUAAUCCCUGUACUCAAGGCAGAGGGAGGCAGUUCUCUGAUUUCAAGGUCAGCCUAGUGUACUCGUGAGUUCCAGGACAGCUAUAGGUGCAUAAUGAGGUUCUGUCCAAAAAAAUUAAAAAAUCUCAGAGAUAAAAAGAGGGACUUUUAAAAUUGAAGUACACAUUACUUAUUUGUAAUGUCGGAAGAAUUACCAUCUGGAACAAAUUCAAAGUACAUCAUGGUCAGUAAGAAAAGACAAGAAGAAACACUGGCUGGACUGAGGCCCAUUCCUACUUAUAUCCCAGCAUUUAGGAGGCUGAGGCAGAAAAAUCACCCAUAAGUUUCAGGCCAGACUGAGCUACAUAGUAAGUUUUAGUUUAGCCUAACCAAUAAAAUGAGAUUAUUUAAAAAAGAAUAUGCUUUAGAUUAUAGGAAAAUAUAAAUAGGUGCUCUAUUACAGACAAUCCAAAAAAACAAAAAUCCACACGCUUUUAACAUAAAAUGUUAGCUGAUCCUGCUGGCAAAUGAAGUGACCAGUAUUGGUGGAGAAAGGAACAGACUCAUUCUUGUGAGGAGAGCACUAACUUUUUGGAUGACAAUUUGGUAGAACAUACACAAAGCUGGCUGCAGUGACACAUGCCUAUAAUUGCAGCAAGGCUGAAACAGGAGGACUGUAGCCAGUCCAGGCUACAUUGAGUUCCAGGACAGCCAUAGCUACAGUGUCAGCACCUAUCUCAGGAAAAAAAACAUAAAAUAUACAAACCCGUUUCAUAAGAGCCUCUACUGAAUACAUGUUGUAAGAUGCAUGUGCUGUGUGUCCUGCAGCAUGCAUCACAGUCAGAGGGUAAAUUCCAUCAUUAAGGACACAGUUACUCUGUAUUCCAGUCUGUAAUGAUAAUGUGUCUACAUGAUUUACAGUGGGGCUGUGUCCCAAUAAACUCUCACUAUAAGUGGAAAUGCAUUUAGUUAAACAAUGUACCAUGAAGGAAGGGGAAAAUAUCCUGAAUGAGAGAGUACAGAGGGAGGGUGAGAGAGUAGGAGGAAGGGGAUAAAAUGGAAGCUUGGUUCCCAGGCGGUAUUGGUGCACACCUUUAAUCUCAGCACUCAGGGAGGCAGAGACAGGAGGAUCUCUAUGAUUUUGAGGCCAGCCUGGUUUACAGAGUGAGUUCCAGGACUGGUUCCAAAGCUAUACAUAAAAAACUUGUCUCAAAACAAAAAAAUUGAAGUAUAGUACAGGCAUAUGUGUACAUAUUUUAAGAAAAUCCUUUACGAUUACAGCAAUUAAGCAUCAGCAUUUUUCUGUGUUUUUUUUUUAUGUAUUUAAAGAAACAUCUAGGCAUUAAAGAGGAAACUCACAGGUUAGAGGCUAGCCUUGGUAGUAUAGCAAGAUCCUGUUAAUAGAUAGUAACUAAAGGCAGGGAUUGCCUCAGUGGAAGAAAGCACAACCUGACAAGGACAAAACCCUGUUUGUUCUCCAGCACCAUCAAAGAAUAAAAUAGCACAUGAAUUUGGGAAUGUUGGCUCACUCUAAUCCCAGCAAGGGAAGCUAAGACAGUCGGAUUGCUUUCCUGAGCUCAAGGGCAGACUGGGCUACAGAUUGUGAAGUACCUGCUGAACAUCAUAGCCUGCCAGCAUAGCACACUGUAGAAUCAGUUGUUCACCUUUAUCAUGCUGCCUGAGGGGAGCUAGGAUCACGGCCACCCACAGCAGACACUGAUGCUCAGAUAAGCAAGCACAAUAGAGUCUCCUAGACAAGACAUCCCCAGAGAAGCAUCAGCGUCAUCACCUUGGAAAUGGUAAGAUACAAAGUUAAAACCUUUGCUCCUUAUCUACAGGUCAAAAAUAGAUGACUGCAGUCUAGUGAUUAGUGCUCAAAAACCCUGACUCGAGACCCUGAUGAGCAGUCUGAGAAACAAUGAUUUAGCCAAAGAUUUGACAAAGUUUACAAUGGGCAAGACAGCUGGCAUUUGUGUGACUGUUCAACUCACCCACUGCACCCCAGUGCAGUCAGAGGCAACAGCAAGUAGAUGAUCAUGACUUUUUUCCAACAAACUUUUACUAACAGGAAGUUGAACCAGACAAGAAGUGAUUAUACAGUAUUGUGAAUAUACUAUAUAACACUGAAAUGUGCAUUUCAAAAUGGCUAAUUUAGAUUGUUUUAUUACACAUUUGUUUUUUGUGUGUGUGACAUUCAGAGGUCAGCAGACAACUUUCAGGAGUUGGUUCUUUCUACCUUGUAAGUCUCAGGAGCCAAAUGGAGGUCACAAGGCUUGGCAGCAAGCAUCUUUACCCACCAAGCCACCUUUCCAGUCCUACAAUCACUAGUUCUGUGGUAUGUAAAUGUUACCACAAUAAAUUAUUAUACAACAAAAAUAGGGCCAGAAAUAGUGGUCCACACUUUUAAUCCCAGCUCUUGGCAAGCAGAUCUCUGAGUUCAAGGCCAGGCUGGGCUACAUGUAAAUUCCAGGACAGCCACAGCUACAUAGAGUCUGUCUUGAAAAAACAAAAAACUAAAAAUAGGCAAAGGUAGGAUUUGAUUCAUAGACCAUAUUUUGCUGACCCCUGACCAAGAUCAAGUUUUUGAACUUGGCAAUGCUUCUGCUUCAACCUCCUUAAUACUGGGAUGAUACAUGCCACCACACUUAGCAAGUAUCUUUUAUGUAUGUACAUAUGUAUGUAUGUAGAUAGAGUCUCAUGUGAGCCAAGUUGCCCUUGAAGUCACUAUGUACCUGCAAAUGACCCUGAUCUCGUAAUCCUCUUGCCUUUACCUCCUAAGUAUUGGGAGUACAGGUGUGUAUUAUCACAAUUGGUUGAAUCUUUUACUUUAUAAAGAACCCAGCCUCGGGAACUUCAUUAAAGCAACAGAAAAUAGAUGAGCACAGAGUUCACUUAUGUUGUAAACUCUAAUUCAUUACAGAGCUACAUGUCUCUAUAUCUAUAUAAUGAUACAAUUUUUUUUUUUUUUGGAGACAGGGUUUCUCGGUAGCUUUGUAGUCUGUCCUGGAACUCACUUGGUAGACUUUGUUGGCCUUGAACUCAUGGAGAUCCACCUG